AUGAUAGUGUUUGCGCGUGGACUGUCACUCUCCGUAGGCAUCAAAGUCGGAGCUCUUGCUUUCGUGGCAGCCAUUAUAAUAUUCCUGCUCAGCAUCUCCAUUUAUCGCCUAUUCUUCCAUCCUUAUGCGAGAUACCCAGGCCCGUUCCUAGCCAAGUUGACAAGCUGGUACUCGGUGUACCAUACAUAUAUUGGAGAUUUACACACUGAUGUUUACGAAUGCCAUUGCAAAUAUGGCGAUAUUAUUCGAUAUGGUCCCAAUAGAAUUGUGAUCAACACGGUGCCAGCGUGGAAGGCAAUAUACGGCCACGGCAGCAAUGUUGCCAAGUCAAAGGCCUACCUGCGUAUGUCACUCGUCCCGGGAGCGCACAACACCAUUGGAACUCUCGACGACCACAAGCACGGGAAGAAGCGCCGCAUCCUGAAGCAAGGUCUGUCUGACGCUCAAAUCCGGACCAUGGACUUCGAACUGCGCUCUGCUGCGCUGAAUUUUGCAGAGCAACUGGGCGAGGAGCAUGACCGGUUCGCCCAUGCCGGAAAGAAUGACGGAGCGGCCGCUCAGCCUAGUUAUCAUGAUGGAUGGAGCGGACCCAAGAAUAUGGCUCACUGGUGUGACUUUUUCGCCUUCGACGUCAUGUCGCACAUCGUCUUUGGCAUGUCAUACAACCUCCUCCGGUCGGCAGAGAACCACUGGAUCGUGGAAUGCGUCAUGGGUCAGAUGCGCCGCUUCUCGUUUCUGAUGCAGCUGCCGGAGCUAGAGGACAUGGGUCUCCACCGAUUCCUCUUCCCGGAAGCCAGGCGCAAAGCUUUGCGCUUCGUCCAGAAGAGCCGUGAGAUUAUGGAGGCGAGGCGGACGAGGAGUGAGAAGGACGGCUCGGCAACUUCUGACGUCUUUACCAAGUUGCUGGCAGCCAGGGAUGCCCAGACAGGCUACGGGUUGGACCAGCGACAGCUCUGGGCUGAGAGUAAUCUGCUCAUCGUUGCAGGUUCCGACACAUCCUCAGCAGGGCUCGCCGCCACCUUUUUCUACCUGAGCGCCAACCCCCAAGCCUACGACCGCGCAGCCGCAGAGGUCCGCAGCGUCUUCCCCACGCCGGAAGCCGUAGCCCAGGGCCCAAAGCUGUCGUCCUGCACGUACCUACGUGCCUGUGUUCAGGAGGCUCUCCGAAUGAGCCCUCCUGCCGGCGGUCCCAUGUGGCGCGAGGCUCUCGCGGGAGGGCUACGCCUACCGCGACCUGGGGGUCCGUUGGAGGCCGGUCGCGGCACAUGGUUGACUAGAUGGUGGAAACAAAAGCAGGAGCUGGCGGAUUUGUUUGUUCCGGCGGGGCUGGAAGUGGCGUCGGGAAUCUACGCGCUCAACCACAACGCGGCACACUUUCCGGAUCCGAUGGUGUACCGGCCGGAGCGUUGGCUCUCGGCCGAGGGCGACGAGGACCAGGUCGCCAGGGCAAAGGCGGCGUUUGCGACCUUUUCGACCGGGCCGAGGAACUGCGUCGGUCAGGGCUUGGCCGUCGCGGAGAUCAUGAUGGCCAUCGCUGCAGUCAUGGCGGGCUAUGAUUUCCGGCGCGCCACCGACAGGAGGCUCGCUGCUGUGGGGGAGAGUCAGGGCUCUGUGUUUGCCGGGCAGUACUUGACCAAGUGGUCCUUUACCAGCAUCAAGGAUGGUCCCUAUCUUGAGUUCAAGAGGACUUUGAGGACGACGGGCUGA